ACCUCUGUCGUCAUAUUCCCACACCCUCCCAACGCUGCUCCAUUCUGUUUAUAAAAAGCCCCCACAGCCCCCUCUGAUAUAUCACCAACCUCUGAGAACUGAAUCUGAGUAUCUGAUAUCCUACCAUUUGCUUCAUCUUCCAACCACUGUUUGGCUAUAAACCAUGAAGAAACAAAGCAACCCAAUCUUCAGCUUUGGGCUUCUUCUCUUCCUGCUUCUUUUCGUGCAUUCAACACGGAUCAUAGCUCAAGAAGUUGAGGACGAGAGAGAGUUCGAAUAUAUUGAAGGAAGCGAGAAAGGGCCUAAACAUUGGGGGGAGCUGAAGGAAGAAUGGGCAGCAUGUAACAACGGCGAUCUGCAGUCUCCCAUAGAUUUGUCUAAUCAGAGAGUAAAAGUAAUCCCGAAGUUAGGCGAUCUGAAGAGGAAUUACAAGCUCUGCAACGCAACUGUUAAGAAUAGAGGCCACGAUAUCUCGCUUCAAUGGGUGGGUGAUGCUGGAUCUAUUCGGAUAAAUGGCACCGAGUAUAAGCUCCAACAAGGCCACUGGCACGCACCUUCUGAGCAUUCUAUUAAUGGCAGGAGGUAUGACUUAGAGCUGCACAUGGUCCACGUAAGCCCAGACAACAAUAUAGCCGUUGUUGGACUCCUCUACAAGACUGGUCGACCUGACAAGUUUCUUUCAAAGAUGAUGAGCAACAUAACGUCUAUGGCUGACAAAAUGGAACAGAGAAAGAUGGGAGUGAUUCAUCCCGGUGAUAUCAAGAUGGGUGGCAGGAAAUAUUACAAAUACAUGGGCUCACUCACUGUUCCGCCUUGUACCGAAGGCGUUACUUGGAUCAUCAAUAAAAAGAAAAGGACUGUUUCAAGAGAACAGGUGAAGCAGCUGAGAUUGGCUGUUCAUGACUAUGCAGAGAUGAAUGCAAGACCAGUACAACCGCUUAACCUGAGAGAGGUGCAAUUUUAUGGGCCAAAGUUUAGCACAGGAGACAAGCGUGAUUGAUAAAGAGGACAGCGAAAUCUACUGAGACCAGGGCUGGAAAGUUGUUUUUUCUCUUUGUAAACUCAAUAAUGUGGUAUUGAUUCCUCAUGUAUAUAGAGUGGAAUGCCAAUUUUAGACUCAUCAUUCAAAAAUUAAUAUGGACUCAAAUCCCUCAAUUGGCCUUAAUUU